AUGAAUCUAACUACAUUGAAAGUCUUCCAAAAUCUGGCUUGUCAUUGCAUCAAUCGAAACUAUCUAACAUGUGAGUCACAAGUCAGGCCUCCAAAGCAUGCAACAGAACAUGAAUUUCAAAAUGAUUGGAAAAGCACAGUUUUGGGAACAAACAAACAAAACACGAAACCACUUAAAAGUCAAUUAAAUGUUUUAAAACCUGUGACGAUUACAGAAGUGCACGGUGGCGAAGAUGUAAAUGAACAGAAAGCCAGGAAAGCAUUUCCUAAAAGAAACACUUUGUCUGUACCAACAGGAAAAACUAUAACAAAAACCGAAACACCUUCUCCAACACAAAUGUCAUCUUUCUCAAACUUCUCAUCCGACAUAAUGGCUUUUAACCCAUGUAUAACCGUGGAAUCAAGUUUUUACCGCUGGCAUUGGGAGGUGGCAUUUACGUACACCAGUUUAUUAGGAGACAUUGUUCUUUAUGCCAAUAAUUCUUUGAUUCAGAAAAGAGCUUUGCUUGGAACAAACAGAGAUAUUACAAGCAAAUCCUUUUUGGCUGAGCGACACAAAUGCCACGAGAAAUUCCUCAGCCAAGAGGCCAUCAAUGAUGACAACAGUCUUGGUUGCUAUGUUGGACUUUUUGAUCUCACAUUUUUUCACUCUUCUUCAAAUCAGCCUCUUCAAACAGAAAAUAAUUGGAGUUGGAAAAUUCGUUUUGGUGCCAUUCAAACAUUAAUCAGAAUCUGUGAAAGUCUAUCAAAAGAUUCCACCAAAGAAGGACUUCAGACAGCUGCCUGGGGCAUCCUGUACCAGGCAAAUGCCACAGAACAUGACCCACGGGUCCUUGAAGCCUUACGAGUUGGUUAUGUAAGUAACAUUGCUUUCUCUCUCCCCCUUAAAGAAAAACUUGUUGCAAAGCAACCGAAGGAAAAGAUUCUCACCCAAGGUGGCGUCGCAAACAAAGACCCUCUGGGAGAGAUGCAAAGAAGAAAAAAAGAGAAAUGUUUUAAGAAACAUCGGACAUCACUCAGAGAAGAAAUCUUGUUUCGAUCGACUUGGCAUGUGACUCCAAUGAAUUACAAUACAAGGACGACAUUUUGUUUGAGACGUCUUAUUGAAGACCAGUGGCGUAAAGACAUGAUCCAAGAAUCGGUAAAAGAAGAGUGUCCCAAAAUUAGUGGUUCUCUUGUGGAUUAUUUCUUUUUUUGUUUCUCAAAUCUUGCAUUAACCGUUGACGCCUGUUCUUUUUGGGUGGUGGCUUAUCAUUUUCCUCCUUCACGCUGUAGAUUUCCUUACAAACUCUGUAGAUUAUUUUACUACUUUCGUUCAAACAUUCAUGAUAUUUCUUUCUUCCCAGCUCUUUACGUAAUGUCUUGCUAA